AGCGCUGCACAAAGACGCCCCUGCUGACCAGAAAAGUUCUCGCGCAGAGGAAAGAGCUCACACGCAGGCUCGUCGCCGGUCAAGACGCAUUACAGAGCGGAAAUCGUCUUCAAAGAAAAACGGUGGCUGUCAUCAACCAAUUUUUCCACGGAAGCUGAAGCGAAUGCCGACGUUUUAAACGCAGCGACUUCACACUUUUACUCCGUGAUCGAACCGGCACGGUUUGCUCAGUUACACACACUUACACUUACACACAGACACAGACAGACAGACGUGGUCAGAGUCUUUCUUCCCUUUUUCUGUAUAUUCGUACUCCUUGCGGCUUUCUCGUUCUCCUCCGCUGCCGAGCUGUGUGCCCGCACACACGCAGACGGCGAUAUGCCAGACGGGUUGUUGCUUCCACGCGUGUGCCCGCUUUUCAUUGCGCCAUCGCCCGCUCUUCACUCUCUGAGCACGUUCCCUCUGGGGGUCUGUAGGGGCGCUGACGGCGCGGCUCAGACAAGGCGUACAUGUCGUUCCCGUUUCGUUGGCUGGCAGAGCGGCGCGCCGACUCCCACGAUGAAGCGCCGGCCAAGCAGCCGCCGCCACCGCAGCGAGCACCGCCGCCGGGCUGCUGCCAGACCCUCGUCUGCUACCAGGAGCGCCUCCUCGUUCUCUUUGGCGGAGGCUCUCUCUUCCGGUUUUCGAAUGAGGUGUACGUGUACGAUCUGAACUGCCGCCGCUGGUCAUACAGGCACCCGGAGAACAGCGACAUCGUCGCGCCGCGCCUCGGACACUCCGCCGUGAUCUACCACGACACGAUGAUCGUGUACGGGGGGCAGGACCUGCACAGCCCCGUGGUAUACGACGAGGUGCUGCAGUUGGAUUUAGCGACGUGGCGGUGGUCGCUGCUGCACCGCGCCCCGCCGUUCCCCGACGGCCCUGGCACACGCCGCCUGCACAGCGCCCACGUUAUCGCCGACUGCAUGUACGUGCUGCUCGGCACCCCGUUCGAGACGGGGGAGUCUCCCGUGUGGUCGCUUGACCUGCGCACGGGUGUGUGGCGUGACGUGCGGCCGACAGUUGUGUCCUCUUUCCCCGCCGCUCGGGAGCACGUUUUGGACUCCCACGACUCGAAGCGGCGUCUGUGCGGUUGCUGCACGGCGGUGUCGGGCAACUCCAUCUACGCAUUUGGUGGGUAUCUAGUCAGCGAGGGAGACGGCGACUACAGUUCCGGCACGUUGGCGUACGCGCAGACGCUGAGUGAGUUUAACGCCACAAGCAACACGUGGCGGUACGUGCGACCGGCUCGUCCUUUUCCGCUGCCACCGCGGCGCUACGCGUCUGCCAUGGCUGUGCAUGACGGUUACGUGUAUAUCUUCGGCGGCGAUGCGAACCAGGAGGACAUCGCCUGGUACUUUGCUGAUGUAUGGCGCAUUCGUGUAGCCGGCGAUGCGGAUGGAUCGUGGGAGCACGUUUCCGUGGCGGGCACCGGCCCCUCUCCCCGCAGUGGCUGUGCCUACGCCUUCGCCCGCUCCUCCCUCUACCUGGUCGGGGGUGAGGUGGGACCGAUGGAGGUGCUGCACGACGCGUCGUACUCGAACGAGACUUUUGCGCUCCCGCUGGGCUACUCCUGCGCGCUCUCGUUGCGGGACAACGUGGCGCGGUGGAUUGGGCUGCCGUCCCCACAGCAGACGCCGCCACCGCCCUUUCCGUCUGCAUGGCCGUCGGUGCACCUCUCCCUUGGCGCUCGUCGGGCACUCGAGUCUUACAUGCAUUGCUGA